AUGCAAGUAUUCGUCGGCACAGUGGCCGCUGUGGUGCUGAGCAGUGCUCUAUGUGCAGGUGCCCCUAGGGUCGCGAUCCAAGUCAUUUCUCGUCCGCGGCAGGAAGAAGUGGAUGCACCGAUUCUGGGCCCCAUUCCAUCCCGUGAUCCACUUCCGGCAUUCCAAGGUCCAUUUAUUGAUGAUAUGAAGUCGAUGCCGUGUGUCCAAGAGGAGAGGGAAAUUCAGCCGGGCACAGCCUAUUUCCUAGAUUUGUGCGUUCUGGAAAACGUCACACUCACAGCCAAAACGGAAGAGGAUGUAGAAGAGAUCGAGGAUGUGGAGCUGGAUGUGAGUGGUAGUCUAUCCGAGCGUCCCGAUGCGACGAAGGACGAAGAUGAUAUCACUGCAACGAUGAAAAAAGAUCCAGCAACCAAAGAGAAAGAGGAGCCGGAAAUUCCUCUUGUCCUGGGUAUUUUUCGCGGCUGGCACAUCGAUCCUAUCACGCUUGCUUACAAGUACAUGAUUUACGACGACGGUGACAAAUGCAUGGACAAUGACCACUAUUCCAUACACGUAGAACUGAUUCCUUCCAGUAACCCGGACUCAGACACGAAACUAUUUGGGCUGAAGAAAUCAGGCAUGUGCAUGUUCACAGCGUCCCUGCUUACCUAUGUUCCAAAGGAAGACCGUGUUGCAGGACGAGGGAUUCAUACACCUGGUGUGAUUGACAUAAGUGAUGCAGAGGCGUCGUUGCCAGAGGUCUGCGGCAAGAUGAAAUGUCGCUACGAGGAUAUCUCCAACCGAGUGCGCGAUUUGUCGAAUCAGAUCCACGGUGUUCGAACCUCGAUAUUGGCGAGGUCAAUAGAAGAAAGCACACUCUUUACUAACAUGACUCUAGAGGCAUCAAGGAACACACUAGAGUCUGCCAACCAAAUUGUUGAGAAAUCACUUGAGCUGUUCCACGAAAUUGAGGAUCUGCAGCGGUCAUUGACGAACAAUUUCGUCGGACGAGAAGAAGUGGCAAAGAAAGAGAUUGCAGAAGAAAAUGAGAAGGAGAAAAAGGAAAAACAUGCUGCAGACGCAAUCCUUGCUGCUGGGUAA